CUUCCCGGGAAUAUAAAGGGCAAGCGGUGAGGCCCCGCCUCAGAGCACCCCAAACCUGACACCAUGAAGGUCCCAGUCCUUCCUGCUGUGGUUCUUCUCUCGCUUGUGGUGCUCCACUCUGCUCAGGGUGCCUCCCUGGGUACUUCCGAGGAAGAAACCACCAUCGGUGAUUAUGCGGCAGGCCCUGAGAACUUUAAUGCUCAGUUCUUGAACAUCGACAAGUUGCGUGCUGCUUUUAAGCCCGAUGAAUUCCUGAACUGGCAUGCCCUCUUUGAGUCUAUCAAAAGGAAACUUCCUUUCCUCAACUGGGAUGCCUUUCCAAAGCUGAAGGGUUUGAGGAGUGCAACUCCCGACGCCCAGUGACUGUUCCCCUCAAGACCCAGCACUGCUGACACCCACUGGAGGAGGGGCUAAGUGUGGGAUCUGAUCACCAUCUUGUAAUCACUCUCUCCAGGCUCAGCGACACCAAUAAAAUGUUUUCCAACCUGA